ACUCCCAGUCUGAGUGUCUGCUUCACACGUCUGGAAGAAGUGCAAAGAUCCGCUGACGGAGAGAUCCGCGAGUGUGCUCAUUAUGUACCAGGGGCAUUUACAGGGGAAAGACUCUAGGGCUGCAGAUAAGACUGUUGCCAUGGUCCUGAAGGAGAUACCAAGUAAGGCGUCAUCAGAAGGGAAGCCCCUCCUCACAGUGACUACCAAGCUGGUGAGUGAGCAACAAGAGAGCCGCCCGCUUUUAAGUCCCUCCAUCGACGAUUUCCUCUGCGAGACCAAGUGUGAUGAGCUUUCCCGCCCAGUGACUUCCAACACAGCUGUUCUAUCUUCAACACUGGACUUGCUAGAUCUCAGUGAACCUGGAGAAAGGAGGAGGAGCAAGGACAAAAGGAGCCCUCUCUCUUCCCGGGGCAACAGCCAGAAGAACAACUCCCACAAGAAGAAGACGGAUGAGACAGAGCUGAUCCAGGUGGAAGUUGAACAGAUGGGACUAAGCAUGAGAACCGCAGAGAGGGCAUCACUAGAUUCAGUUAACAUAUGUUCAACAUUGGAUAAAUGGGAAGAGCUGAACCCCAACCCUGAGAGGAAUGGCAACAGAAAAUGGAAGUUGGAGAGACGGCGUUCUUCUAAAAAUUCCUCCAAUGAGUUGCUGUGGUCCAUAGACUGUAAAACCCAAAAAGAGCCAUUGAACAAGAACUCCUGGGAAGCAAAUACCAAAGUGGAGCCAGAUUCUGCUUUAUCAUCUCAACUCAACAGGCAGUAUAUUAGUAGAAGACAUGCCCGCCUAGGCAAGGAACAGCGGUGGGGUGGCAGUGCCCUCCUGUCCAGACAUCAGUCCCUGGAGGAGGAGUUUGAGCGUGCAAAGGCGGCAAUUGAGUCAGAUACCGAAUUCUGGGAUAAGAUGCAGGCGGAGUGGGAAGAGCUCGCUCGGCGGAACUGGCUGACUGAAAACGAGCAGGCAGAGAUUCCCUCCUCAGUCUCUCCACAUGAGAAGGGCUACUACUUCCACACAGAUAAUCCUUAUAAAGACUUGCCUAACGUAUUUGAAGAGGGACAAAAGAAGUCACGAGAGGGAGACUUGCAAAAUGCUGUGCUUUUGCUGGAAGGAGCUGUCUUGCAGGACCCUCAAGAUUCAGAGGCAUGGCAAGUUUUGGGGACAACGCAGGCGGAAAAUGAGAACGAGCAGGCAGCAAUCGUCUCCCUCCAGAGGUGUUUGGAACUCCACCCAAACAACCUCCCAGCCCUCAUGGCUCUGGCAGUGAGCCUGACCAACACCGGUAUGCGAAAUGAUGCCUGCGAGGCCCUGCUCCGCUGGCUGCGACACAAUCCAAAGUACAAGCACCUAAUGAAGGGCAAGGCCAUCCUGAUGGGAUCCCCGAACUCUCAACGCAGGAUAUCUACGGUUCCCAACGUGGGAAGAUACGAAAGUGCCCUGUUGCCCGAGGUGAAGGAGCUCUUCCUGGAAGCGGUUCAGCACAACUCUGACAGCAUCGACCCAGAUUUGCAGACCGGCCUCGGAGUGCUCUACAACCUCAGCAGCGAGUUUAACAAAGCCGUGGAGGCCUUUAAUACGGCCCUGUCAGUGCGGCCCGAGGACUACUUGUUGUGGAACCGCCUGGGGGCCACACUGGCGAACGGGGACCGGAGUAUAGAAGCAGUGGAGGCUUAUACGAGAGCCCUAGAGCUGCAACCGGGGUUCAUUAGGUCCCGCUACAACUUGGGCAUCAGCUGUAUUAACCUGGGGGCACACAGAGAGGCAGCCAGGAACUUCUUGACUGCCUUAAGCCUUCAGAGGAAGAGCCGGAGUCGCCAGCAGUCCCACCAGGUGAUGUCUGGAAACAUCUGGGCUGCGCUGAGGAUAGCUUUAUCCAUGAUGGACCAGCCCGAACUCUUCCAGGCUGCAAAUAUUGGUGACCUGGAUCUUCUCAUGCGAGCCUUCAACCUAGACGUUUGAGGAAUGGGAGAUAGUGACAAUAGCAUCUCAACUCUUACUUACCCUUCAAUUUCUACCCAACAGCCAAUAGCCCAAAGUGCACACAUCAGAAUGGAUUGGAUCUGAUGUUAGAGACAAUAGUGUGGUUUUUAUGCACGUCGAAAUUAUCUACAGUGGUCAAAGUUGUCGUAUUUCUUUCGUCCAAGUACUUGGAGCAGUUCUGAAUACAGUUUCCAGUUAAGUGCUUGAAGUAACUGCUUUGUGAUGGAUUUGCACUGCAAUUUGUGAUUUCCCUGAAGAGCACAAGGACGGACAAAGAUUGUACAAGCAACGCCUUAGAGAACACAUCAAUUAAAAAGGGACUCAUCCAGUGGAACAGAGCUGAGCCAGAGCAGACGGGAUGAGAAUCUCACACAGGAACACUCACAUGCUGUUUGCAGGGAACAUAUGAGGUUUUGAGACAGAAAUGAAAAGGUGUGUUAUCCAAUUACUUUCAAAGACUCAAGACUGUCUCGCCCCCUGAAGGAUGGAUUUAGUGAGCAAACGAUAAGGACUGCACCAUAUGACCUGGAGUUCCCCAUUCUGUUCCUGGCUUGUUUUCAUCCUCUUGCAAUGGAGAAUAACGAUACUGCAUGAAUAAGCAUUUUCAUAGAUGGA